GAAGCAGUGCAAGUAUUGAUUAAGCACUCGGCUGAUGUCAACGCGAGGGACAAGAACUGGCAGACCCCCCUCCAUGUGGCGGCUGCCAAUAAGGCCGUGAAGUGUGCAGAAGUGAUCAUCCCCCUGCUGAGCAGCGUCAACGUCUCCGACCGAGGGGGGCGCACAGCCUUGCACCACGCUGCUCUGAAUGGCCACGUGGAGAUGGUCAAUUUACUCUUGGCCAAAGGAGCAAACAUCAACGCAUUUGACAAGAAGGACCGGCGUGCUCUGCACUGGGCAGCCUAUAUGGGCCACCUGGAUGUUGUAGCGCUGCUCAUCAACCACGGCGCAGAAGUGACGUGUAAGGAUAAGAAGGGUUAUACCCCUCUGCACGCUGCAGCCUCCAAUGGACAGAUCAAUGUUGUCAAACACCUCCUGAAUCUGGGGGUGGAGAUCGACGAAAUCAACAUCUAUGGAAACACGGCCCUUCACCUGGCCUGCUACAAUGGGCAGGAUGCUGUAGUUAAUGAGCUGACUGACUAUGGUGCUAACGUGAACCAGCCCAACAACAGCGGGUUCACCCCUUUGCAUUUUGCUGCUGCCUCCACACACGGUGCUUUGUGUCUUGAACUAUUAGUGAACAACGGGGCAGAUGUUAACAUCCAGAUAAGAAGUACUGAGGACAGGGGAGGGGGACAGCCAACGGAAGACAGAGGCUUUGCAGAAAGAAAAUCAAUGAAAUUUGGUUGGAUAGGAGUUGGAGGAGUUGAAGACAAGUGCGGUGAAAUUGACUGUGUGGAUAAGGAUGGCAACACUCCUCUCCAUGUGGCUGCAAGAUACGGUCAUGAGCUUUUGAUUAACACCUUAAUAACCAGCGGAGCUGACACAGCCAAGUGUGGAAUCCAUAGCAUGUUCCCCCUACAUUUAGCUGCCCUAAAUGCUCACUCUGACUGCUGCAGAAAGCUCUUAUCAUCGGGCUUUGAAAUAGACACCCCAGAUAAAUUUGGAAGAACGUGCCUUCAUGCUGCUGCUGCAGGAGGUAAUGUGGAAUGUAUAAAACUCUUGCAGAGCAGCGGAGCGGAUUUCCAUAAAAAGGACAAGUGUGGGAGGACGCCUUUGCACUAUGCAGCUGCAAAUUGUCAUUUCCACUGUAUUGAGACAUUAGUGACCACAGGGGCCAACGUUAAUGAAACAGAUGACUGGGGACGCACAGCUUUGCACUAUGCUGCUGCAUCAGACAUGGAUAGAAAUAAGACUAUCUUAGGAAAUGCCCAUGAAAAUUCAGAAGAACUUGAAAGAGCCAGAGAGCUGAAGGAAAAGGAAGCCGCAUUAUGUCUAGAGUUUCUGCUUCAAAAUGAUGCAAAUCCAUCUAUCCGGGACAAGGAAGGCUACAAUAGCAUACAUUAUGCUGCUGCCUAUGGCCACAGACAAUGUCUGGAAUUGCUUUUAGAAAGAACCAACAACGGUUUUGAAGACUCAGACUCCGGUGCUACCAAGAGUCCACUCCACUUAGCUGUAAGUGAGGGUCAUGAAAAAUGUGCCUUGUUAAUACUUGACAAGAUACAAGACGAGAGCCUUAUUAAUGCAAAAAAUAAUGCACUGCAGACACCCCUCCAUGUUGCUGCACGAAAUGGCUUGAAGGUGGUAGUUGAGGAGUUGUUGGCCAAAGGGGCCUGUGUACUUGCUGUGGAUGAAAAUGCUUCUAGGUCAAAUGGACCCCGUUCUGCACCUGGAAUAGCUGUACAAAAAGAAGAAUGAGACUCUUUAAACAUUAUGCACAUACAUACACACACAUAUGUAUAUUUAUAUAUAUAUAUAUGGCUGUAGUUCAUCAACCAGCUGUACAUGAGGACCAAAAUGCUUCAGUCUGGAAUGGAAGAAUUUAAAUUGCUUUCCUUCAAAAUGGAAGUGAGAACUGAAGUAGCUUUUCUAUGGAGUUAAAAUGUAAUCUUUUUGUGUAACAGUCUUUGUUGUGUUUUAUAUUUCUUAUGACACAGAUUUCUAGUUGAUGGCUUAACAUUUGUACCAUGACAUGUUGACCAAGACUUAUUUUGUUGCCAAACUAGAGAAAAUGUUCAUAUACUUUUGAUGUAAAUGUGUUUAUAUUUAUUUGAAAUGAAACAAAGGCCGAGGAAACAUCCAUUGUUUGUUCUCUGUUUUAAGUGAUGUGUGUCUUACUUGGAAUAACACAAAAGCAGAAAAGCACGCAGGACCCUCACCGGGCUAGCUGGCCGUCCCGGGGCCAAGCCCAGCAUUUCCACUGCUAAGGUUUCCAGCUGACCCUCAGGUUCUUCCACGUCUCUUGGAGAGGUGUACAACAUCCCUUUCUCAGCCCCGGUCUGUAGCCAGCCUGGACAGCUUAGGGGACACUGCCGUCCUUAUGCUCUUCUGCAAGAUGAGAACUGAGGUGUGUGGUGGGUCAUAUGCACAAAGGUGGCCCAAAGAAAUUUACAGAAAUUACAGAAUUUACUCUGACGGUCUGUAGCCAGCCUGGAGAGCUCAGGGGACACCGCCGUCCUUAUGCUCUUCUGCAAGAUGAGAACUGAGGUGUGUGGUGGGUCAUAUGCACAAAGGUGGCCCAAAGAAAUUACAGAAAUUAUUCUGAACACACUGAAAAGCUCAUGGUCCCAGUAACCUAGUGGGAAAUGAUGUCAGUGUGUGAGCACAUGUACCAGGAGAGGAAAUAGAAAUCACCAGCUCAAGUGCUGUUUUCCACUUGAGGAAGAAACAGGAGAGAAACAUGUUGUCAGGACUCUGGCAUUUUAUAAUCAGCUACAUUUUCAACCCUGGAAAUUUCUAUUUUAUAGUGUAUGUGAGAUAUUUUUAAAACAGUGUUCUAUCAUAUCUGGAUCAAAUACACAUGCUGUAUUAUCUUUUUCAUCUAACUGUAAAAGACUUUAAUCUUACUCUUUUAAUAUCCUGAUUUAAUUAAAAACUCACGUUGGGUUCUUUACAAAUGAGAACUUGUUCAAAGGACUUAGAGAAUUGGUAAUAAUUUCACUGGAAAUUUUCGACACCACCAACAUUGCUUUUUUAAAUUCUUGGUGUUGUGUUCCCCUUCCUUCCUCUGUCCUUUUUGUUUAUUUAGAGAAGAUGAAUUUUUAAAAAGUAGAUAAAUUGCUAAUGAGCAAUAACGACCUUAUCUUUACCAAAACACUGAAAAGCAAGGGAGAUCCAGCGCUAAAAAAGCACGAUAUACUGUGGUGUCUUUUUCUAGAAGUGAAUGGAAAUCUUGCUCCACUGGCAUGUAAAGCAGGAAAUGAAAUGUCCUCUUGUAAUGGUGAAGCAGCGUUCGCAUUUUUCCUGUAGAGUAGCACAGAGAACAAGGAAGGUGACAGCAAAGCAGUGCUGGCCAUGGGACAUUUCUCUCCACAUAGCUGCAUUUUGACUUUCCCCCACCGUCUCCCUGAUAGAAAGGAGGAGGACAAAGGAACAAAAUGAAAUCACACUCGCUGUGAAUUGUUCAUGAAAUCAAAUCUCUCUCCCACUCUCUCGCUGUUUCUCCAUUCCCCAAGACCAGAUUUUUUUCUUUAGGAAAUGACUUCAAAAACUAUGAGUUCUGUGUGUUUUAAGUACAUCUCUUAGAAAUAGAACUAGAUUUGCAAUGUAGCUUUCUAAGCAAAAAAACAAGCAACAAACAAAAAACAUUGUGCUUUCAACUGAGUCUUGAUUGUUUAGUGCUUUUACCUGUGUUAUUUUUAGACUGUAUUCUAACCAUAGCCACAGGGAUCAUGUUUCAUCACACUUACCUAUUCGCCGUGUCUGCCUAUCCUUGGUAAAUACAUUACUAUCUCCAAAUUGCCUAAAAUCUGCUAUGAUUCUACAGUAAAAAGCUCAGGGGAUUUCUAUUUAUCACUACUACAAGGGCACCAUAGUAUGUUUUGGUACUUUAGGCAGUAAACAGCUGCUUGAUUUUUUUUUUAUUUUAUUAUGAAAUUAGAAAAAGAACAUCAAAUGGAUUUGCUGCACUGUUCUUUGUACUGUUGAGCAACCUGGUUUGCUUAUCUGUUGCGUUGGUUGAAGAACUCAUCCCUUUAUUUGUCUUGUAAUAUGAAGUUAGAGUGCCUUUUUAUAUUUGUAUAUUCUGAAGAUGUUCUGUGAAAUGUUUUGUAUUUUUUUCAUUUGAGUGUUAUCAGAGCAAUAUAAUACCAGUGAGUUUUCAUUUCAGCCUUUCUUUGAAUGUAUAAAGUGUCUUUUUUCCUAUUUCGCCUUUACCUGCUUUGAAAUGAAAAUGAAAAUGCCGAAGUUUUCUAUAGGAAUUAUGUUUAAUUUUGCAGUGCUAAAAUGCUUUCUUCUUACAAAACUGUAAACCAUAGGUCAAUGUUAUAGGGGAAAAGCGUUUUAAGAUAGUGACAAUCUGAGUGUGUGUAAAAAUGUAAUUCUAUGCGUUUCUUAUGCAGUGAUCUAAAAAUUCAAUGCAAAUACCUUUUGUUUGGUAGUUUUGUCUACAUAUUUUAUGCUUUAGCAUGUGCAAUAUAUCUUUGCAAAGCACGAUGAUACAAAUCUGGUGCCAGUGUUAUAUUUUGCAUAACAUAUUUGUAACAGCAUAAAAUACUGUUUGAUGCUUUCAGUGGGAUUUUGUCUGUGAUGUUUUCUUAUGUAAAUUGGAGUUGAAUGACUCUGGUAAAUGUCAUGACUGUAAAAAUGAGGAAAAUGACUUUUAGUUCGGUGAAUGACUUUGAACCAAUCUGAAUCUUUUCAAGCACAGUUUAAUACUUUUUCAACUACUGAAUGCUAAUUAUGUAAUGAAGUACUUAACUGUAAUAUACUAUGGAAAUGCAUUCAGAUGGUUAUUUUUACAAAUAAAAACGGUACAAAUAUUGUUGCAA